CACGUGAGGAAUCGCGUCACGCUACUUCACGUUCUUUUAACCUACAAAAGAAAUCAUUUUUGUAAUGCCCGCUGUCUCACGAAAGCGAAAAUCUCGCGCUCGGUCCGGAUCAAAGCCAUACGAGCGGCUUCCGCAUUCUUCCAGUCCUGCACUUUCCGAUGACCAGGACGGUGACGAAUGCCUUCCCUCACCAAUCUUAGUUACGGCGGACAAACCUGGAUUUCCUACAUACGCUCAGUACAAACGUAUAGAGAUGGCAUACCUACAGUCGCUGUCCCCGCGGAAGCGUGACAAGGCCCUCAUAUCUCAGUGCAUGUUCGACAAGAUCUGGGAUGUACUACACCAACCGGACGCAUGUACUAUCGGGACACCACAGUUUCGCUUCUGGGUCCGCAAGAUGUUCACGCUCAGCACGCCCGACACAGAGGAUGGCGACAACGAAGUACCAGUUGUUAUCCUCCAUGAGAACAGACCGGUCGCGGUUCAGGAGCAGCUAUACGAACUUUUCUGCUACUGCCAUGAAGAGUCCAACCACGGCGGUCGGGACAAAACCUGCGCUAUAAUCCGCCAGCACUACUCAUGGGUCCCAAAAGAGCUUACUGCACAGUUCGUCAAAGCUUGUCCUACAUGUACCUUCAAACGGAGCGGAAACCCAGAACUUAUUGCACUAGUCCAGGGGAAGAUGUCCUCGCGCGAGCUGAAUGAGGAGCAAGUUGAGGAAACCAAAGGUUCGCUGUGCCGGCCAGGUUCCCCUGAAACAGGUUGGCAGUUUUCCGGAGGUCCACUUGAUCAAUCCCCACUCGAUCAAACUGGGGAUGUCUCCUGUUCCCUUGACACUACAAACGGCUCUCCGUCCACCCCUUCACCGUCCUUGUACUUGCGAAGCUCUAAGCUACUCUUGCGUCCCCGACCACCCUUGCUUGAUUCACGGCUGGAAGACCUCAACGGCAUACAUUUGAGGCAAAUUCCCGUUGGCUUGCAUCCACUGGCCUUGGACCUUGCGAGUCUGUGCAGUCAUUCCGAUGCGAAGCCAGGUGACUUACCAUGUCUGGCAGAAGCAUACCGGGACGACACGAUGGACGACCAGUACAGGCUGCCCGCUCUGUGGCCCGAAAACAUCUCGGAUUCGCUCCCCCCUGAACUACAGCGUCUUCAACUGUCGAGCCCAGUCUGCACUCAGAACGUACAAAUUAACCAGAUCGAUCCUGCUUUGCUGACAAGGGAGGAGACAAAUAACAGGGAAAGAGAGGGCUGCAUGGGAGAACUGUCUCCCUUACCACCUUAUUCGCCGUCGGGCUUCAGCUUGUCGCCUAACCUCCGCUUCCCGCCGUCCCCCGUGACUCCCGAGGAGCAACAGCAUCACAGCGUGUGUGAAGAUUGGAGACCGUCAAGUCUGAGGAUCAGUCCAGCACCUUCUCGAUUGCGGUCUGACAACCUGUCAGCGUACCUGACACCAGCGUUUAAUUUUGCGACGGACAAUAGGUCAAUGACAGACUCCCAAUACCAUACCUUGCCCGUCACCCUUUCGCCACCAUUGACACCCCUGACGCCAUUCAUUAGUGCUUCACCUACGCCUGCUGAAGAGGGAGAAUUCGGAGACGAACUGCUGAGAGGAUAUUGACGAUGAUGUAGAUGAUAUUUCAAUGAUUAUGUCGCAAAAAUUAUGUACAUUAUCCGUCCCUUGAAGGAGACUAGUCCAGAUCAACGCUGCAUGUACACAAGUAUGUUGGCCCCCUUAUUGGGCCCACCAGAGUGCACUAACUCGCGGUGGAGACGAAGGACCGCCCUAUGUUGCGGACGAGUACGGUUGAAGUCUACGCUACUAACCCUUCGGUCCGACGCCAGUCGUAUCUCAUGUCAACUCAAAUUUGGAGCGAUGCUCACCAGAAGCAGUUGCAUUGACAUAUUCCGGGUACCAGACGAGGCUUGAGAGGACUGUCCUUGAGGGGGCUUGUGAUGAAUCAAUGUCACAAGCUCCCACAAGGCCAAUCAUCCCUAACUUGCUAUGAGCAAAUCAGUAGGUCGAAUAGAGCAAGAGUGGUAUUGAGGAGUUGGAGGUGGGUGGGUUUACAACUCACACUGUUGGCGACCUUAUAUACGUAUCGC